AUGGCUACACCAACAGGCAACGAUGCCAAUAUCACGGGCAAGAAGCUCAAUGUUUUAGUCUAUUCCGGUUCGCUCACCAAAUCUGACUGGCUUCUCUGCCGUUCUCUGACCGACAAACCAUUCUCAGGAAACGGAACCACUGUAGACUCGGUCCGCCAUUGUAUCUACACCAUGCGCCGCCUGCUCGCCCCACGCUAUGCCGUCACACCGGUUACGGGCGAAAUGCUCCUCCACGAGCCGUGGACCGCUACAUGUGCCUUGUUGGUGAUCCCCGGCGGCGCUGAUCUGGGCUAUGCCCGCACACUCAAUGGUGCGGGCAACAGGCGUAUCACGCAGUUUGUUCGCCGUGGCGGGAAAUUCUUGGGAUUCUGCGCCGGUGGCUAUUACGGAAGCAAGCGAUGCGAAUUUGAGGUCGGUGACAAAACAAUGGAGGUUAUUGGGGAUCGAGAAUUGGCCUUCUACCCUGGAACAUGUCGCGGUUGCACGUUUCCAGGUUUCAUCUACCACAGCGAGGCAGGUGCGCGGGCGGCGGCAUUGGAUGUUUCCAAGGAUACCUUAAGCAUUGGGACUGUGCCUACUCAAUUCAACUCAUACUAUAAUGGCGGCGGUGUCUUUGUUGAUGCGCCUAAGUUUAAGGGUCAAGGGGUCGAGGUUCUUGCUAACUACGCUGAGAAACUCAAUGUUGAUCCUGGGGAGGGGCAGGCAGCUGUUGUCUACUGCAAAGUUGGCGAUGGCGCGGCUGUUCUGACGGGACCACACCCGGAGUUUGCAGCUGCCAAUCUCGACCCGAAGGCUAGACCUGAUUUCGCGGAAGUGAUAGAUGUCCUAGCUGCAGACGACAAAGCACGGACAGACUUUUUGAAGGCCUGCCUUUCCAAACUUGGUCUACAGGUGACUGAUGAAACAACGACCGUUCCCUCGCUGUCCUCUUUGCACAUUUCUGCUCUUAAUCCUGAGAAUGCAUUGGAGAUAUUGUCCCUUCUUGGACCAGUUCUGACGGAAGAAAACAACACCGAAUAUUUAAAGGCCGAAAAUGACACGUUCCGGAUCGAGAGACCAGGUACCUGGAACUUAGGUGAUUUAGAGGAAUCAUUGCCAGACAACGGUAUCAUUGACCACCAAACUGUUAUAAAGAGACUUGUAUUCCACGAUGAUCUCCCGUCUUCGAAGCUAACUCCAUACUUCAACCAUCAUUCUUUCUUUGCCAAUCUUCGCCAGUAUCAGUCCGAGUCUAGAGAAGGUGCAUCGCAGUAUGGCUCUAACCUGAUGUACGCCGAAGUCAUAACGAGCACCAAUACAAUUCUUGAAAAAAACACGAAGCUACUUUCUCGGCUUCCAAACGGCUUUGUUGCGACAGCAACUGUUCAAAUCGCCGGUCGUGGCCGAGGGUCAAACGUCUGGAUCUCACCAGCGGGCUCCCUGAUAUUCUCAACUGUAGUACAUCAUCCAAUUGAGAAGAUUCAGUCGGCACCCGUAGUGUUCAUCCAGUACCUAGCAGCCAUGGCUGUAGUGAAGGGUAUUCGAAGCUAUGCCAAAGGAUAUGACAAGGUUCCAGUCAAGAUGAAGUGGCCAAACGAUAUUUAUGCUCUGGAUCCAACAGACCCUGAGCAGAAGAAGUAUACCAAGAUUUGCGGUAUCCUGGUCAACUCCCAUUACAUGUCGAAUCAAUAUAUCUCUGUCGUGGGAAUCGGCCUCAACGCUACAAAUGCCUCACCCACAACAGCAAUUACAGCUCUAGCAGCGCGCUACGCCCCUGCCGGUGCAGCUGCAUCUCCAGUAACGCUUGAGAAGCUGCUAGCACGCAUUCUGACCACAUUCGAAGAAUUGUACACACGAUUUUUGCGUACUGGUUUUGACCGUGGCUUGGAGGCAGUAUACUAUGAAGAUUGGCUGCAUAUGCACCAGAUCGUUACCCUCGAAGAAGAAGGCGGUGCCCGCGCUCGUAUCCAGGGUAUCACGCGGGAUUAUGGUCUGCUGCUUGCUGAAGAGCUUGGACCUGCAGAUCGGCCGACUGGGCGUAUUUGGGAGUUGCAGAGCGAUAGCAAUAGCUUUGAUUUCUUCCGUGGAUUGGUGAAGCGGAAGGUCUAG